GGGCGCGUCCGCGCCUGCGCGUCCGGGUGAUCGAGUGGUCUCUUGUCUGCUCAUGGGCUCCGCGGCCUAGCGCCCUGUCCCCGCCACCCGUGAUCGCGCGCCGAGGCCCGCGAGGGGUCGCCGUCGAGUUCGGGCCGGUUGGAGCUGCCCGCGCCAGCGGCGAAGGCGGCCCCGGGAUCGCGAAUCGGCGGACGGAGCCGGCGGGCCGCGGGCGGGGCGCCCUUCCUGAGCUCGGCCCGCUGACCACAGCGCUGCCCACCGCGCUCAGCCUCCCAGCAGCCGGCCGGCCAGAGCAUGGCGGCCAUCCCCUCCGGCGGCUCGCUCGUGGCCACCCACGACUACUACCGGCGCCGCCUGGGCUCGGCUUCCAGCAGCAGCUCCUGUGGGAGCACUGAGAGCCCUGGGGAAGCCAUCGCCCACCACCCCGGUUUGCCCAAGGCUGACCCGGGCCACUGGUGGGCGAGCUUCUUUUUCGGAAAGUCCACGCUCCCGUUCAUGGCCACAGUUGUGGAGUCCCCAGAGCACCCCGAAGCUCCCCAGGCCUCCAGAAACAUGACCACCAGUGGCCUAGCCCGAGAAGCCAUGAGCAAGCAGCCCUGCGGCCAGCCCAGCACUGGGCCGGCAUCCUGACGUGAGCCCUGAGCCACAGCCACCAGCUCUGCAACCAGGCUGCAGGACACUGGAGAGAAGACUGUUCUCAGACAGCAGCGGAGGCAGCCAGAGCCCUGGCCUGUACCGCCCACGCACACUCAGCUUUCCUGGCAACCUGUAACUCUUCACCUUGCACCAAGUGGCAAAUAAACUCCAAGCAGCCAGCAAA